UAAUGUAGCCUGCCCUAGUGUAACCACAAAGGGGUGGGACCGAAAACUCUUUAUGCCAUCCACUGUGUUGCGUUUUAACGGCCGACGUUCGCAGAAGAGAGCUUCCUUUCGGUCUUCCUCAUUUGAAAAGAUAGGUCGUUUUUACUGUCUAUAGGCUUUUCCCAUCUCUCUUGCUCACGUUUGGAAACUCAAUCUCACUGGCAUAAUGGCAGCGAUUGGCAACCGUGGAACUGUGACUGAAGCCGCUGGCUUCAAGGUAGAGGAGGAUGUAAACAGACUGAGAGGAGCCAUGAAGGGGGCUGGCACGGACGAGGCAGCUGUCAUUGAGGUCCUGGCACGUCGUAGCAUUGCUCAGAGGCAACGCAUCAAGGAGGUUUACAAGCAGACCGUGGGGAAGGACCUGACCGAUGAUCUGCAGGGAGAGCUGACGGGGAACUUUGAGAACGUGGUGCUGGGCCUCCUGAUGACCGCUCCUGUGUAUGAUGCCUACGAGCUGAGGAACGCUAUGAAGGGUGCUGGAACAGAGGAGGCUGCUCUCAUUGAUAUCCUUGCCUCAAGGACGAACGCUGAAAUUAGAGCCAUCGCAGCGGUGUACAUCAAAGAUUAUGAAAAGAACCUGGAGGAAGAUAUCGAUGGUGAUACUUCCGGAAUGUUCCAGAGGGUUCUGGUCUCUUUGCUCACGGCGGGGCGAGAUGAGAGCAACACUGUGGAUGAGGCCCAGGCUGUGAAGGAUGCUAAGGAUAUCUACGAGGCUGGGGAGGCUCGUUGGGGAACAGAUGAAGUCAAGUUCCUCACUGUGCUCUGUGUGAGGAACAGAAAUCACCUACUCCAAGUGUUUAAGGAGUAUCAGAAGAUCUCCGGGAGGGACAUCGAGGACAGCAUUAAGAGGGAGAUGUCUGGCUCUCUGGAGAAUGUCUUUCUGGCAAUAGUGAAAUGCCUUAAAAACAAGCCAGCAUUCUUUGCAGAGCGGUUAUAUAAAUCCAUGAAGGGUCUGGGAACUACAGACAGCGUACUGAUUAGAAUCAUGGUGGCCCGGGCCGAGAUUGACAUGUUGGACAUCAAGACCGAGUUCUUGAAAGCGUACGGCAAGACUCUCCAUUCCUUCAUCAAGGGAGACACAUCUGGAGAUUACCGCAAAAUCCUGCUGGAGCUAUGUGGAGAGUAGGACGUUGAACAUCUAGGACAUCGUUCAGCGAUGACUUCACUCUGCAACAACACCAUUGGUGCCUCUACUAUCUUCUGUUUCCUUUGCUUAAAGGUCUCUCAAUAUCCUCUGCUCUUCUGUAGCCAGAGCAUUUUAGACUGACCAUGAUGCCUUUUUUCACAGUUUGUAAAACUGAUUAAACCAAAGACAGGUGACAUUUUA